AUGCACAACAUCCAGAGGCCCUGCUCGGUGGGGUGCAGUCCUCACGGCAGCGUGCGUAGCUUGGCCUCCCUUUUCGAGAGCUCCCAGCCGGGCGGAGGUGAAAAGUCGGACGGGUGCAUUCCCCGCCAGGCCGUGUCAACGCGGGUCAACGAGUUUGAAAUGAUCAUCCAGAAAAGCGGAUCCCAGGCACCUCUCCGUUCCUCGUCUAUGCCAACUUUAAACGUGCACAAUCACAACCAAAACGAUUUUAUGUCCACGGCUGUGUCGGCCGAGUCGCUUUUAGUUACAACCCCAAACGGUGAACAUUUGAACAAGCCAGAAGCAAGACCAGAAAUGGAGCAAGCAACAUCUCCAACGCCCAAAGCCAUAGAUGAGAGCGUUGUAUCUCCAGUUGUAGUGGAAGAAAAACCGAAGCAAGCGUCUCCAAAACGAUGUGAACCAAAAGUCAUCUUAAGUAAAAGCAGUCCUGAUGUUUCUAUUGACAAAACCGUAGAAUCCAAGUUGUUUUUAAGCCCCCACAACCACCACCAUCAACAUCUCCUUCAUCACCUCAACCACCCACACCUCAAACCCUCCAAGUGCAAAGGUUCUUGUCCCGCUUCUUACACACGCUUCACCACAAUCUUACGUCACGAACGGCAACAGCAAGAACGUUCCUCUCCUAAUACAGCUACCACUCCCACCACUGCUGCUACUACUACCACUACUGCUCCAAAAACGACCUUACCCGGCAACCUGUUUCUCAUGACCCCCGCCCCUUUCCGCCUUCGCAAAAGCAACCAAAGCAAGAGGACAUCACUGGCGACUAAAGUGACCGCGACAAGCCUGUGCCAAGAGCUGAGGCCGAAUAUCCCUCAGCGCAUGUCUUCUCUGGAGGUCCUGGGACGACUGAGCAACGGGGACCACGCGGAGAAUGGUUUGGACGCCAAUGGGAAUCUGCUGACAGAUUCGUCUCCUGCUCACAGUGAGAACCAGGAUGACAUAUUACGAAAGAAACAGGGCGACAAAGAGAAAAUCCUGGAGGAGCAGCGGCGGCUGAAGCGGGAGCAGGAGGAAGCGGAUGCGGCGGCGCGCAGACACACAGGGAUCGUCCCCACGCGACAUCAGUUCAUCACAAACGAGCGCUUCGGAGACCUGCUCAACAUUACCGACAACAGUGAGAAGAGGAAGUCCGGAGUGGAGAGAACUCCUGCCAUGGCCCGAUUCGACUUCAGAGCAGAGUCGUUGAAAGAGUUGCCGUUCCAGAAGGGAGACAUCGUGUACAUCAUUCGACAGGUGGAUCAGAACUGGUACGAAGGAGAGCAUCACGGACGAGUGGGCAUCUUCCCUCGCAGUUAUGUAGAACUCCUUCCUCCGACAGAAAAGGCCCAGCCAAAGAAGAGUGCCCCAGUCCAGGUGUUGGAGUACGGAGAGGCAAUCGCUCGCUUCAACUUCAACGGAGACACUGUGGUGGAAAUGUCCUUCAGAAAAGGAGAGAGGAUCACCCUGAUUCGGAGAGUGGAUGAAAACUGGUUUGAGGGGAAGAUUUCGGGCACAAAUCGUCAGGGUAUUUUCCCCGUCACGUAUGUGGAGGUCCAUAAGAAGCCUAGGGUGAAGAACGGACUCGAUUACCCAGACCCCCCAGUGAGCCAGUCUCCCCAGCGCAGCACUACAGCCUCUCCACAGCUUUACCGUAACCGCCUCACCACCUCUCCCCUGCCCCUCCCCCGCUCGCCACGCCGCUCCGUCUCCCCUGAGGUCCACGCCAUAUCCUCGGAGUGGAUCUCCCUGACCAUCGGCGGAGGCAGCAGCCCACCUGCAGCCCCCACCCCACCCCUCCCACCGCUGCCCAGCUCCUACUACCGUCUGGGCGAGUACCUGCCCCCGCCAUACUCCGCCAGCCCCAUCCCGGCUCUUAUUGGCAGCCCGUAUUACAACUCCCCCAUGGCGUCUCCGAGCGCUUCGCCGUUGCCGCCGCCGUACCCCCCGCGCCCCAGCUCGGCCACGCCCUAUGUGACGUUCACGCCGGCCCAGAGCGAGGAUUCUCCGCACGUGUCCCGCGGCGGAAGUCCCAGCGCGGGGCCGGUGCUGGAGGGGUGGCUGAAAGAGCAGGCCGAGGGGGUGGAAGGGGCGAGCAGAGGCAAAUGCAAAGGUCCAGCAGAGUUUUUGAAGAAUGACAUAGAUGGCCGCACUUCCAGAAGCCCUGUCCUUCUCUACGACAUCCAGGAGAACAACAACGUCAACUCCUUUGCGGAGGCAGUGUGCAAUGAGAUCUUGAACAUAGCUGAGACUUCUGUGCGGUAUUGUAGCACCCUGCCUCACUCGUAUCCCCGCGGCUGUCACCCAAAGGUGCUCCCUCACCCCAGUAAACAGUCUCUCAUCAUCUCCCAUCAGCCCCUGUCCCAGAGCAGCAGCCCGGAGCCCGGACGCCUCAGCUGUGGAGUAUUCCAGGCUUUGUACACUUAUGUCCCGCAGAACGAUGACGAGCUGGAGCUGCAGGAGGGAGACCUGGUCAGUGUCAUGGAGAAGUGCGACGACGGCUGGUUUGUGGGUACCUCGCGGAGGACGAAACGGUUUGGGACUUUCCCGGGGAACUAUGUGAAGGAGGUGAAGCUCUAG